UCUCUCUCUCUGCUGUAGUGUGUGUGUGCGUUACUGUCUCUCUUCCGACGCUCAUUCUGUGAGAAACACACAGGAAACUUGUCUAAAAAACACACUCGAUCGACAUUUAAACGUGAACUUUGGCACACGAGCGCCCUAUUAUCGUCUCACGUCGAUGUUUUAACGGAAUACAACGAUCGCAAACCGCUGAGGGGAAAUCUGACUGGAGAAGAUGGGUGUAAAGUCGCAGUUUGCACACUGAAGUUGGAGGAUAUUUUCCUAGUGGAAGUGAAAGAGAAGCGGGAACUUGAAUCUUGGCGGGGGCGCGCCUCCUCUGAGCUGAGUGAAGAUGAGCAUUACCAGCGAUGAAGUCAACUUUCUGGUGUACAGAUAUCUGCAGGAGUCAGGUUUCUCUCACUCGGCGUUCACGUUCGGCAUCGAGUCUCACAUCAGCCAGUCUAACAUCAACGGGGCUCUGGUUCCCCCGGCGGCCCUGAUCUCAGUCCUGCAGAAAGGCCUUCAGUACGUGGAGGCCGAGAUCAGCAUCAACGAGGAUGGCACUGUGUUCGACGGCCGGCCGAUCGAGUGUCUGUCGCUCAUCGACGCCGUGAUGCCAGACGUGGUUCACACCAGAAAACAGGCCAUCAGAGACAAACUCUCACAACAACAACAACAACAACAAGCCAUGGACUCCAGCAACUCUCUUCAGUCGCACGCCAUGAAGAACGGAGAGACCGCUCUCAACGGGGAGGAGAACGGCACACACAUGCUUAAUCACCAUGUGGAGGCCAUGGAUGUGGAAGACGAGGCCCAGAUUCCUGCCAGUAAAGCCACGGUUCUGCGGGGUCACGAGUCCGAGGUCUUCAUCUGUGCCUGGAACCCCGUCACUGACCUCUUGGCCUCAGGCUCUGGCGACUCGACGGCGCGCAUAUGGAACCUGAAUGAGAACAGCGGCUCGGCUCAGCUGGUCCUGCGACACUGCAUCCGAGAAGGAGGACAAGACGUUCCCAGCAACAAGGACGUCACCUCGCUAGACUGGAACAGCGAAGGCACCCUGUUGGCGACUGGAUCUUAUGACGGAUUUGCAAGAAUUUGGACAAAAGACGGUAAUCUGAGUAGCACACUUGGCCAACACAAAGGACCCAUAUUUGCACUGAAGUGGAACAAGAAAGGCAACAGCAUUCUGAGCGCUGGAGUCGACAAGACGACAAUCAUUUGGGAUGCACAUACAGGCGAAGCCAAACAGCAGUUCCCCUUUCAUUCUGCUCCGGCACUGGACGUGGACUGGCAGAAUAACACCACGUUCGCCUCGUGCAGUACGGACAUGUGCAUACACGUGUGUCGACUCGGGAGUGAGCGUCCACUCAAGACCUUUAAAGGACACACGAAUGAAGUGAACGCCAUUAAAUGGGAUCCGUCGGGAAUGUUGCUGGCUUCAUGUUCGGAUGACAUGACGCUAAAGAUCUGGAGUAUGAAGCAUGAUUCAUGUGUUCACAACCUUGAAGCGCACAAUAAAGAGAUCUACACCAUCAAAUGGAGCCCCGCGAGCAGCAGUCCCAACGCUAGCCUCCUGCUAGCCAGUGCCUCUUUCGACUCGACGGUGCGAUUAUGGGAUGUGGAUCGAGGCGAAUGCAUCCACACACUCACCAAACACCAGGAGCCGGUGUACAGCGUGGCCUUCAGUCCCGACGGAAAGUUCCUGGCCAGCGGAUCCUUCGACAAAUGCGUUCACAUCUGGGACACACUGAGCGGUGCGCUGGUGAACAGCUACAGGGGAACCGGAGGAAUAUUUGAGGUUUGCUGGAACAGUCUGGGAGAUAAAGUCGGAGCGAGCGGGUCCGAUGGAUCGGUCUGUGUUCUUGAUUUACGGAAAUAGCGUUUGCUGAAUCCCGGAUGCUGGAUUGUGCAGCUAAAGCUUCAGCGCGUCUGAACUCGUUUCUUCCGUGGAGCCGGUCGAUUGAGAUCCGGGAACAGAAUCUGAUUGUUGAAAACCAAAUUGGAGGGAAACGUCCACUAGAGACGGUCAGCGAACAGCUGGUGCUGUUGAUCGACGUGGAAGAGCUGGAGACGUGUCUUUUGAGAGGUUUCAUCGCAUGUUUUUGUCACGCAUCAGUAUCGCUGAGCGCCGCUGAUGUUCGUUGGGCUUUUUUACUGCGGAAAACAGUUUUUUAACAACCUUUAAUUCAAUACGAGGCUUCACGUGUGCAAGAACCUGAUUGUUUUCCAACUUUAACGUGUAAUACUGAGGUGAAUGAAGACGCCGAGUACUUGGGAAAAUAUUAUAUGAAUAUGUUUGAUUCUCAGAUAUUAAAUAUACAGGUGUAUAAUCUCCCCGCUGGAUGUACAUUUAAUGAAUGUAAAGAUGUAAAUGAGACCACAGAUUUUAUAAACUGUGUUUAUAUGUUUAUAAAGUAAUCAAUCUUUCAUA